AUGAACAUACCUGGUCGAUGUACGUGGAGCUGGAAACGCAUUCUCCUGCUAAGACCCCUUGCUUUGCAAAAGAUCUCAUACAAAGUUGGUAGAUACUCUGCAUUUUCUUUAUGGCAUGAUCCUUGGUGCAACCACAAGCCAUUAUCAACUCAGUUUGACUCCAGUCUCCAGUCUGCCCUCGAAUCUCUCCCCAAUGACACUGUGAGUUAUAUUCAGGAUAACGGCCACUGGAAUCUUGGUGCCAGUAACCAUUAUUUGGAGAGGGACCUCAGACUAUACUGCAGCCAUAUUAUUCCUGGAAGACAUGAUGAAAUUCUUUGGAACCAAUGUCGCAACAUGAAAAUUUCUAUAUCUGUGAUCUAUAGAGAUAUCUCUCUCCAUAAAUCUGCCCCCCGUUGGUUGGAUUUUAUUUGGCACUCCUUUUCGGUUCCAAAAUUUGCGGUAACCUCUUGGUUAAUUCUGCAAAAACGACUCUUAACGAAAGAUAGAAUGCUGAGAUUUGACAUGCGCACUGAUCCAACUUGUAUCCUUUGUGCCACUGCUGAUGAAACGCACGAUCACCUCUUCUCUGAUUGCCAUUAUACUCGUAUAGUGUUAUCUGCUUGCCCCAAACAGGUGUGUUCGAACUGGAAUGAUUUUGCUCAGGGCCAUUUUCUUGUCCAUGAUUGUACUCGUUUUGAGAAGCAAAUUGCCUAUCUAUUUCUCUCAGCUGCUUUCUAUGCUAUAUGGAAGGAACGUAAUUCCCGAAUUUUUAAAAAUUCAAGAUGUAUUCCCUCUAGCCUUAUUGCUCAAAUUCGAGACAAAGUCAGGGAAAAGCUCUACACUUGUUCUACAUUCAGGAGGCGCGCCACUGUGGAUCAAAAUGCUAUUCUGUUACUUUUUUAG